UUCCUGCAUCUCACUCUGUAGCCCAGGCUGGCCUCAAUUCACAGAGAUCCGCCUAGCUCUGCCUCCCGAGUGCUGGGAUUAAAGGUGUGUGCCACCACCGCCCCAGCUAUUUCUUGUUUUCUAAGACAGGACAUUGGCUCUUGGAAUGCCCCUGGGCCCUCCAUUUUAACAGUGGAUUUCUUCUUCCUCCCUGGAGUCUCUCUUCGGUCUUACUCCCUUUGAGGCUUCUCUGGUGAUUUGGACCUUGACUUUCUGGAGCCUUGCCUACCCUCAUUAGUCUGAUUUAUGGUUGUCAACAGUAUCUAAGCUUUUUGCUGUGUCUUUCCUUGACCCUUCCUGCACAGACCUUUUGCGUGGCACGGAAUAACUCUGUUCCCACCUCUUUAACCCUCCAUCUUUUCUCAUUUUUUUCCAGUCUGUCUGCUCAGUGGUUAGUUACAAAGUGUAAUUUUAGCAUCCCUUAUCCCAAAGGCUCUUUCAUGUUUAAUCUCAAGUAUUUUUUCAUCUGACUCUUAAGCCUUUUUAGGAACACUGUGGGCUCAUCUUUUUUCCUAUUUACUAAGGCUUCUCUUACGUAAUGACAUUAAGGUUUCUCUUACCAAAUGACCCUUGGUGGUGGCAGCCAUUGUAACUGAAGCCCAAUCUAUUUCUAUACUGUCCAGAGCUUUCCUUGAGACAGCUCAAUACCUGUGAAGUUCCUACAACACACCAUCUGUGACUUUGCAUGUCUUAUGUCCUCCACCUGGGAUAUUCUUUCCCAGGCAAAUGGGUUGGCUCUCUUGUCCGUUUUAGAUCUUGGCUUAAACGUCACAUUAUCAGGGAGGCUGUCUCUAUCACUCCUUUAAAAAAGAGAAACCUCUUAAUUCCACUCUACUUCCUGUUUAUACAUCUCAUAUGUGACAGACUGUGUUAGGUGUGACUGGUAGUGCCACUCGAUACUGCUAAGUCAUUGAAUAGAAGAGGUUUUAUUUUAUUCAUUAUUAUUGGGGUGUGUGUGUGUGUGUGUGUGUAUGUGUGUGUGUGUGUGAUUUCCUCCUUCCACCAUGUGGGUUCCAGGGAUCAAACUUAGGUUGUCAGUCUUGGAAGCAAGUGCCCUUAUUGGCUGAGUCAUCUCACCAGCCCUCUCAAAAACAAACAAACAAAUAAACACUAUUCUAGUGAAUGUGUGAGAUAAAAGGAGGACUAUAAAAAGAGUCUCAAGAUUUUUUUACUAAGCAGACAGGUUUGUGUUAUGAACCAAAAAAACAACCAAAUAAAUGAUAACUAACUUUUCAAGAUUUUACUUUAUUUUUUAAUUAUAUGUAUCUGGGGGGUGGCAUGUGCAGGUGUGCAGGUGCCUUCAGAGACCAGACACAUCAGACCCCCCAGAAACUGGAGCUGCAGUCUGUUUCAAGCCAUCUGAUGUGGGUGCUGGGAAUUGAACCGGGGUUCUCUGCCUGAGUGGAGGCAUCUCUUCAACUUCAAUUAAUUAAUUUUUAGACUUGUUGACUUUGUGGGUGGGCGCUCAUGAGUCUGAGGCUGGGUCCAAUUCUCUAUGUGACCUGUAUCCUUCGCCUGAGGACUUGUUAACUGAGAUUCUAGAAAUAAAUCAGGAAAUGACCAGGAAGGUACCCGGAAAUUUAGCCAGCCAGUGUCCCCAUAUCCGAAGCUUUUGUCUCUCCCUCAGUAACUGUACCAUAUACGUCAGGAAAUCUAAACCCUUGAGGCCUUUCAAGCCACUGCCAGAGACUGGUCUCACACUGUAGCCCAGGCUAGCCUGAAACUAUGUAGGCCAGGUAUCGACUACCUCAUGACAAUCCUCCUGUCUCAGCCUCCUGAGUGCUGGGCUGUAGUGAUACUCUCUUUUCCUUGCUUCCGCGUUUUUGCUCAAAAUGUCCUGUGUUCGCAGUAUCUUUCCAAAGGCACGUGUAACCACUGCUGAGUCCUCAACCAUGAGACCCUCAAAUGCUCAGUUUUGCCUGCUGUGAGCAUUAUAUCAGCAGCAGCCUGAGGGUCCCUUGCUGUCCGUUUGCUUAAGAUCUUUAUGAGUAGGGCCCGAACCUGCUGGUUCCCAAAGCCCGCCGCUAAUUCAAAACAUAACAUCUUGCCGGAGGCUGGCCGUGAUGACACAAACGCACUCUUAACUUCAGCAGAGGAGGCAGAGGCAGGCAGACCACUGUGAGUUCGAGAUCAGCCUGGUCUAUAUGGCGAGUUCCAGGUUAGCCAGGAACAUACAAAGUGAAACUCAAAGAGCAGAGAACAUAACAAAACAACCACAAACCCACCAACAAUCAUGAAGACGAUGAUCAGGGCAAAGGAAGCCAGGGUCUCGCUUUCCUCUUUUCUGUGGUACCGAAACUCCUUGCUAAGUCGGGAACCACAGGGGCCCCAGAUGUCAGCCAGACCUCAGGGAAGGAAGGUGACGUCAGGGAGCCGGAGAUGGAGAGGCCAGAGCCCUCCACCUGAAGCCUAAAAUUCUACUGAAAAUGUCCAGACCCUGGUAGAUUCAAGGGGCCUCUCUUCCUGAGCUUCCUACGGUCUGGUCACACCACUCACCUAACUUGACUCGCCCUACAACAUUUGGCUUCAGCGCCACCUCCCGUCAACGGUGACAGGAAAGUGAAAGUCCGGUUAGAAUUUGGUUCCCGCUAGAGGCCGGGAAAGAACGAGCAGGCAGCCAUCUUUGUUAGGGGCAGACGCCGCAGCUACGGAGAGCGAGUGAAGCCACGAAACUUCCGGCUGCAAGCUGGUGAGUCGAGGCGCCCGCGGGUGUGGAGUGCCGCGGGAUGCGGGCGGUGGCGGGCGUUAGGUUCGUUUGGGACUCGCCGUGCCAUGGCCCGGGCGCCCCGCUCCGGUGGCUUUCUGCCUCCCCUCUCUAACGUACCCCCGUCGUGGGCGCAUCCCGUGGGUGCUGGGAAUGAGCGGGGCGAGGCGAGUCGCGGAGGGCCGGGGCUGCUGGCUGCCGGGAGCGUCCCGCGCCCGGACUCCGACAGACAGCCGUGGGAGCCCGCCCCGGCAAGCGGCCCGAUGCCCUUCACUCUGCAGCGCCUCCGGACCGCAUUGCUCCGUCUGCACCGCGAGCGGGAGCAGCUUCUGCGGGCCCGGGACUACGCCCGCCACCUGCAGGCGGUCGUGAGGCUACUCCGCUCCAGCUCGUCGGCCAGUGCGCUCUCCCUGCAGCAGCUGCAUCGCGACCUGCAGCUGUGCCCUUCGCGUGGGUCGGCUCUGCGCCUCGGCCUCCGGGACCCCACGGAGACGCUUCUCCUGGCUCGCCCCGUCGGGCUAGCAGCCCAGCGUCUGGAUGCUGCCAUCCAGAUGCAGCUUCGCGCCCUAGGCCGGGCACCCGCUAGCCUGGGCCUGACGUCCCAGCUAGCCGAACUGUUGCUGGCCCUUCCCUUCUACCACAAGCUACAGGGACAAGCCGUGAGCUGCGUCCCUGGGGCCGCGCGCCCAUUCCCCGCGGCCCGUGUGCUCCACCUCCUGGCUGCAGAGCGGGGUUGUCAGGUGGCACAUAGGCUGGCUGAGGCCCUUGGCGGAUCUGGCUUGCGAGACCAACUCCGUCGGCAGUGCGACGCAGAGCGAGAGCUGCUGCCAGGGCUGCUGGGUCUAAUAGGGGGUGUGGCUAGCACCGACAGCAGUGGACUGAGGCUUGGAGGGCCUGGAGCCCUGUGGAGCCAGUACUGGACCUUGCUGUGGGCAGCCUGUGCUCAGAGUCUGGACCUAAGCGUGGGACCCUGGGGGGACCCCAGAGCAGUGGCACAACAGUUGCGUCAGGCAUUGUGUCAAGCACCCCUGCCUCAAGAGUGUGAGAAGGAGCUGCGGUCUGUGUGUGACAUCCUGCUUCAUCAGUCUCUCCUCUGGAGCUGGGACCACGGGUUCUGCCGGGCCUUGGGGUCAUCCCUGACGGGUCAGAGCGGCCCUGCUCCACUACCUCCUACUGCUGAGCUGCUGCAGCGCCUUUUCCCUCCACUCUUGGACGCCCUUCGAGAGCCGAGCUGGCUUUCUCCUGAAGGGAGCCUGUGGACCUCUUCCCCUCCAGGUCCUGCACCUGUCGCUCUGGGGCUCUGUACCCUGCAGACCACCGUGCUCUGGUUCUUGGGCAGAGCGCAGCAGUACCUGGCAGCAUGGGCCCCCAGUUCCUUCCUGCUCCUGACGCAAAAGGACUUGCCUCCUCUACUGCAAGCAGUGGAAGAGCUGUCCAGCCUGGCCGCAGAGGCAACCCGAACCCCGGAGGUGGAGCAGCAGCUGGGCCUGGAGAUCCAGAAGCUGGCUGCAAAGAUGCAGCACCUGCCCGAAGAGUCGCUGAGUCUCUUUUUCCAAGAAUGCCAUAAACAAGCCACACAGGGCUUCAAGCUCCACAUGCCAAGGGGUCGAUACUGGAGGCUUCGGCUGUGUCCUGAACAUGCCCGGGCUCCUAGCGAGUAUGCUGGGACGGUGGUCUGCGCUGUGUUGGAGCCUGUGUUACAAGGACUGCAGGGACUGCCACCCGAAGCCCAAGCCCCUCCCCUCGGCCAGGCACUGACAGCCGUCCUGGGUGCCUGGCUUGACCACAUCCUCACCCAUGGGAUCCGGUUCAGGUGGGAAGGAAAGACGGUAGUGGCAGAGGGCGAAUGUCAACAGGGAAAAUGGAGAGAACAUCUGGGCAGAGCAGUCUGGGGAGGCAGAAGGGUCCCGCGGCCACAUUGUACCUGGACAUCUAGCCUGCAGGGGGCGCUGCAGCUCAAACAAGACUUCGGAGUGAUCAGGGAAGUUCUGGAACAGGAGCAGUGGGGCCUGUCGCGGGAGCUUCGCCAGACUCUGCUCUCACUCAGCAUCUUCCAGCGGCUAGAUGGAGCCCUGCUCUGUCUCCUGCAGCAGCCCCUGCCCAAGAAUCCAGUCCACAGAAGGACUCGCUGUUGCUGUUUUUGUAAUGACGUCCAGACCACUGAACUCCCCACCAGCAACCUCAACAGCCUGGAAAGUUUGGCACCCCCUCUACGGCCUGUAGUCUCCCCAGCCCAGAACAUGCACCUGCUAAGCACCCAGGGAGGAGGAGGACCUAGUCCUGAGGCUUACCUGGCUGGAAACCAGCAAGCCUGGCUUGCCCUGAGGCUGCACCAGCACCCUCGUUGGCACCUGCCCUUUCUUUCCUGCCUGGGGACCAGUCCUGAGCCCUAAGUUGCCUAGGAUGGGGAGUUCCAAAUCACGGACUGUUAAGCCCCAGUCAAGGAACCUUAUGUUAGAGAGGCUUAAAACUGGGAGCUUGGGAGAACACAUACAUAAAGUACACAGUCUGGAACUGGA